AUGGAUUUACAGACUGUUUAUACGGAAGGACAUGUCUUCAAAGAGAACAAGUUAAAGUUUGCUAAAUAUUCGGGGUUUCCCAGAUAUUCGGAGCUUGUUAAUAUUCAGAAACAGUAUGAUCGAUCAAAAGAUGAGAAUGGUUUGUAUCCUGCUCGAAAUGGAAUCCAUAUUGUUCAUAAAAAGAGGAAAGCGGAUGACGCUAAUCUGCAGAUUCACGAUGGCUCGUCUGCUCCGAGGUCACACCGUUUGCAUGUUCCUUCUUCUCCUAGUGGUCAUUUACAUGGUCAUUUGGGAGCUCAUGUUGGCUCGUUUUUACAGCAUCAGGCAUGUACUUACAACACAUCUGAUGUCUCUGCAAUAAACGCCCCAAUAACUGACAUCUGCUCAAGUAGCGCUAUACAGUUCACUGGUAUGAAUACGCUGCCGGCUGCAACCACAAAGGCGAACUCGAAGCUAACUACAACUGAAGGUGACUAUGCCAUAGUUGUUGGGGAGAUGCUUAAUUCUGGCAGCGAGGCAUAUGAAGUUCUCUCAUUUCUCGGACGAGGGACUUUCGGCCAGGUUGUCAAGUGCCGCUGUCGAUCAACGAGCCGCUAUGUAGCCAUCAAGAUAUUAAAGAACUUGCCUUCUUACCUAAGGCAAGGUAAUAUAGAGAUUCAAAUUUUGCAAACACUGGCUCAACAGGACACAGAGUCUCAUAAUAUUGUCAGGGCGAUUGAGUGCUUUCAACAUAGGAACCACAUGUGUUUCGUAUUUGAGUUAUUGGACCAAAACUUAUAUGAGUAUCUCAAGUCAAAUAAGUUUCGUCCAUUGACGCUUCCGGAGAUCCGCCCCAUUUCUCAGCAGGUGCUCACGGCUCUUUCAAAAUUAAAGACUCUUGGUUUAAUCCAUGCUGAUUUGAAACCGGAAAAUAUAAUGUUAGUGAAUCCAGGCUCAGAAAACAUGCGUUACAGAGUCAAAGUAAUUGACUUCGGUUCUGCAUGCCAUAGUUCCAAAGCUGUUCAAAACACUUACCUUCAAUCACGUUACUAUCGUGCUCCUGAGAUCCUUCUGGGCUUACCUUUUGAUGAAGCAAUUGAUAUGUGGUCAUUGGGAUGUGUUUUAGCUGAGCUGUUCCUCGGCUGGCCUUUAUAUCCUGGUUCAUCUGAAUAUGAUCAAAUGAGAUACAUAGUAGAGACUCAAGGUUUGCCCCCUUCUGAUAUGUUAAAAAACGCUGGGAAAUGCAACACAUUUUUUGUACGUGAUCAUUAUCGAUGUGAUUGGCGGUUAAAAAAUCCGGAAGAAUAUGCUUCUGAAACUGGUCAGCAAGCUAAAGAGGCUAGGAAAUAUUUUUUUAAUUCUCUGAAUCAAAUCCGUGAUGUAAAUGGACAUUCUGCGUCUGAUGAAUCAGAUCUUGAUAUUGUCGAUCGCCAGCAAUUUACUUAUCUUUUAACGGAGAUGCUAAAAAUGCGUCCAUGUGAUCGAAUAACACCUGAUAUAGCCCUUCAACAUUCGUUCGUAACUAUGACUCACCUUCACUGUCAGCCUUUCGCCAAACGAACCCAAGAAUCUCUCACACUGAUGCAGGUUUGUCAUGGUAGUUCACGUAGGCAGCAUGCAACUGAUAUUAAUUCCCAUUCGAAGUGUACGCCAUUACCACAGAAGGUUGUUAGCACUUUUCCAGAGACUCUUCACUAUGUUACUUCGAAUAUUAUUGAUACUCGAACUGCAUUACCUACACAAAUUAACAGCCACCCAUAUCCUCAGGCUAAUCACUCAUCUAACUGUCGGGCUGAUGCUAGAGCUGCUUACUAUGCCGCAGCAGCAGCAGCGGCUGCGUUUUCAGCGAAAUCAACUUCACAGCUUAUUCCAAUUUCUAGUAAUACUUCAUCCAGCUUUCCAUGCUUGCAUCAGUACUCUUCACUGGGUGCUAUCAAUGAAACUAAUCAUGUGUCUCUUCCUGCCACAGAAUCUGGAAAAGUAUGUCCAGUCAUUGAAUGUACUCCUGCAACUAUAAUUAUUUCUCAGAACAAAUCUGAAGUUUGUGUGAGACCCACUCAAAUAACUGCAGAUAAUUUACCGGCAACAUAUACUUCUCCAAUGCAACGUUCUCUUUCGUUCUACGACUUGGUAACUGCUGGUGGUGCUGGUAGUGCAUUAUCCCUACUAAAUGCUGUCACUGCACCUGCACCAUCGCCAUUUUUGAUUAGUAGCUCCGUUCCAACUCCAAGAGUGCAGCCACUGAGUUCUGUCUCGACAAACACUUCUCAAACAAACCAUAUCCAACAAAUGCUUCAUCAUCCUCUCCACUCUGUUUAUAUUCAACCUGAACUCAGCAGGUUAUCUGAAGGUGACAAUUCAUUCAUGUUGGAUAUUGUAGGUCGAGAAAAAGGUAAUGGGGCUUGUACUGCUCGUCAAGAGUCCAUUGAUGUGACGUGUAAACCAAAUACUGGUUUAUGUGAUACUCUGUGUGCUUUAGUAAAUCAGCAACAUUUAUAUCAAUAUCCUGCAACUGCUGUCGCGGCCUUAGCUGUAGCUCAUCACCAGCAAAAUUUCAACAAUAAUCAAAAACAUCCCUCUACUUUAUUUAAGUCCACCCGCAGCAGUGGAUCUGAUUUUGUUAACAAUAUUUCCAGAAGAUGUGAGUGUCAUGGAGCUUGUCCAUCACAUUUAGUGAAAGGUCCAUUGAUCAAUUCGAGAAUCAAUGAAAUAGUUCGACCGAACCUUAAUUGUUCUCGUGCUCCAAUGUAUGAAGUUCAUGGAUCAGUAACUCAACAGUCUCUGUCACGCCAGGACUCUACUUCAUUUCAUUAUCAAGAUCAACAACCUCAUUUAGUCAGCCAUAGUGAUGUCCACAAACAUUCUGUUGCUCAAGUCCAAUCGAACAAUCCUUUUGUGAACGAUACAGAUUGCAUGCCUAUGAAUUUAGUAACAAACAACUCAGAACCAGCUGUAAAUAAUGCUGUCAACUUGUCAAUGCUUCCUCCAAGUUCUUCGUAUAACUCUAAUCGCAUGAAACGUCAGUCUGUCGCCAUAAAUCCUAGUUCUGAGAGUGUAGAUAGGAUUUCUCAUAGUUUAGUUCAACAUGAUACGUUCAGUUGUCCUUCAGAAAUUAUAUCAAAUCCUAAUGCAAUCAAAUCGGAUUGCGGAUUUUCGGGGGCGUACAAGUCAACCUUCGAUUUGAUGUGCCAACAGCGUUCUGAUAAAAAAAUACCAGUUGGUCGCGUUCAACCAAUGAUAAAACAAGAGGAUUCAAGUCAUUUACAUUCCUCCAGUCGACCUGUAUCAUCACCUGUCAACUAUGUACCACCAAGUCGAGAGUCUGUUGUCUGGGGAUCAAAUCCAAGUUUGUUUGUAUUUACAUCACCUUUCCCUCAGCAGUCAGUGAAUUCUAAUAAUUCCAUUCCUCAAAAGUUAUGUCAUCAUUUCACUAAUGAUAUAUUUUCACAUAAUACUCAACCAAUAGAAUAUAUAUCUAAUCGUAGAAGUGUACGUAAAAAUCCUCAGUUAUCCAUUACGAGAGAUGAUCAACAUGUUGUACAAUCGAAUAAUCAAUUAUCGGCUGCUCAUGCGGCCGCUGCAGCCUACCAUAAUUUAAUGUUUUUUCAGUUACAACAACAACAAUUACAACAACAAACUCAACAACUUCAACAUAGCCUGAUGGCUGGAAUUCCUACUGUCUGCCAAACUAAUAUGCCUGAUCAUUGUAAUGAGACUUACCAGCAUUCACAGAGAGUACUAUCUAGUGGUUGGAAUACUGGUUGUCGUGAUUUUGCUGAGCAUUCGUCGGGCGCUGUUUAA